UAUCGAUCGGAGGAACGAGAUGGAUUCAACGUCGUCGAAGCAACCGGACUUUGAUUACCUGUUCAAGCUCUUGAUGAUUGGGGAUUCUGGUGUCGGAAAGAGCAGUCUUCUUUUGAGCUUCAUAUCUGAUGCUUUCGACGAUCUCUCUCCUACGAUUGGGGUGGACUUUAAGGUAAAAUACCUCGACAUUGAAGGCAAAAGGUUGAAGCUAGCAAUUUGGGAUACAGCUGGACAGGAAAGAUUCAGAACACUAACCAGUUCUUAUUAUAGAGGAGCUCAAGGAGUAGUAAUGGUUUAUGAUGUAACACGACGAGAAACAUUUACAAAUCUAGCUGAUGUGUGGGCAAAAGAGGUUGACAUGUACUCCACAAAUCCAGAAUCAAUUAAAAUGCUUGUUGGCAACAAGGUUGAUAUGCAAAACGAGAGGGUGGUCACUAGAAAAGAGGGAAUCGAUUUUGCUAGGCAAUGUGGAUGUCUUUUUAUCGAAUGUAGUGCAAAGACCAAGAUGAAUGUGACGCAAUGCUUCGAGGAACUUGUUUUGAAGAUUAUAGAAACACCCAGUCUAUUGACAGAGGCCUAUGGUGUCAAAAGGAACAUCUUCAAGCAAACACAACAGACAAAUGACACCAAUGGGUGUUGUUGAGGAACUCAUUCUUUAUAACCGGGUUUAUUUGGAACCGUUUUUCAAUAAAAAAAAUAUAGUAUUUAU